AUGAUGCAUCCAUGCAAAAUUUCUUAAAAUGAUCUUUAUCUUUUAAGAAAAGCAUCCAUUUUUAGUGAAAAUUAUAAAGAGGUAUAAACAAAUUAAUNUCCUAGUCUAGUUCAACUAAAUUCGAUUAGAUCAUGUGGGCAAGUGAUCCUUAGACCAAAUCAAAUUUAUAAGUUUGGAAAUCAAUGAGGCUGAGUGAAGGAAAAUGGAAAUCAGAAACAAUUGAGAAAUUUGGAGUGAUACAGCUAGCUCUGGGUAAAUAUUUGAUUCCUACCAGUUGA